UAUUGAUAUAAGAACACACCCACAGAGUUUGACACACCUUUACUUUGUAGUUAACUUCUGCACAUUCUUUCCGGACCGAACAAAGUCUAAAAUGACCGAGCAAACGAAGUGUUCAGAACUUGCUACCCAAAUAUUAAUAGAGGCUCCCGCGUCGAGAAAGGCGCUUAUUGACAACUAUAACAACCUUCACAAAGUGGCCGAUUACUGUGAAAACAAUUAUUUAGGCCUACAGGACGAGAACACAUGGAAGGGUUUGGAGGAGACCAAGGCUUUGACCACUCAGGCUUUGGCCAGUGUGGCCUACCAGAUCGACAGCCUAGCCACUUCUGUCCUGAGACUGCUGGACACCCAGGCCAUGCAGCUGAAAGACAUGGAGAACUCCCUCAACCUCCUCUCUCUGGCUGUAGCUAUCCAUCAGGAGAAGGUGUCUCGAAGAGAGAUGGGAAUUUUCACCACAGUAACGAAGUUGGCUUGCGCCAAAUUAAUGAGCCCUCCCAAAGCUGGCCGGGAGCUCGAGGGUUGCUACAUCAGAAGACCCAUGUCCUUCACCGGACUGGACACACUGGGCCACAGCUUUAACCUCAAUGAGUCGCAGCCUCGGAAAAGAACAGGGACCACAGAGAGCGUGCGGAGUACAGGGAGCUGUGGCCCUGUGGAAUGUCCCGUUGCUCCUGCUACCCAGCCUGGGGAACCCUCCUCAGCCAGCGUCAAUAAGGAUCUCUAUAGGUCCAAUCUUGGCAUUAAUGUGGCCCUACCAUCGGUGCCCACCUUGCCAGUCUCCUCAAACCUCAUCCAAAACUGCCCACAAUCCCCUCCUGGAUCCACGUUUGACUCCAACAUCCCACCUCCUCCUCCUCCCCCACCUGGCUCCAUGGGCACUGGUCCUCCUCCUCCAACACCCUCCAUGACCUCAUCGAAUAACCCCCCUCCUCCUACACCGAAUGCAUCCCCUAAUGUUCUCUCUCCGCCUCCACCUCCUGCCAGCGCAUCAAAUAGCUUCCCUCCUCCUCCUCCUCCUCCUCCUGGUUCAAUGGGUAAUGCUCCACCUCCUCCGCCACCUCCACCUCCUCCCAGCUCAUCAAAUAGCUUCGCCCCUCCACCUCCUCCUCCUCCACCUGGUUCAAUGGGUAAUACUCCUCAUCCUCCACCUCCUCCCAGCUCAUCAAAUAGCUUCCCCCCUGCUUCUCCUCCACCUGGUUCAAUGGGUAAUGCUCCUCCUCCUCCACCACCUCCUCCUCCUCUCCCUGGUACCUCCACUAAGGUGCCCCCACCUCCUCCACCACCCCCACCUCCUCCGCUUCCAUAACUUAUAUUGUUACGUGUCUUCUCUAUCUACCUUCUGCUAUGUAGGGAUUACAUGAUAACAUGGCACAGCAAUGAAUUGAACUGAAUAUGGUAUGUAACCUGAAUACAGUGUGUGAUCAUGAUUGAGUUUUUAUGAAUAUGUAUAAAACAAAUUAGAUUUAUUUCAAUUUGCAAGUAUAUUGAUGACAGGAUUCUGCAUUAAAGGACGUUUUUAAAUCUA